CACAUAGCCGAUGGGACCCACUGACUCACAUGAGGGCAAAAUAACAGCACGCCCAUCUUAUUUAGAUCAAUUAAUUAACUCUAUCUAUUACACGUAAACGAUGCAUCGUGUUUUCUGCUCGCGGUGGGUUUUAUCCGGGCUGUCACUGACUGCUGGUAUAGGCAUCGGCGCCACCUUGACAGCAACCAGCGAUGAUCUCCUAAAUAAAAGCCGGGACACGAGCCACAGCCGGGGACUGCUGGACCGCGUGCCGGUCAUCCCGAUACCGAGCGUCGACGCGGCGUCAGAGAUCAGCGCAUACCAGCCAGGACAGGUCGCUGUAAACAAAUCUACAGCUGUGAUGAAGUAUGGUUUCCCUUCCCUGUCCAACGUCAAGAGCAGAGAGUCUUACGUAACCUCAUACGACCCCAGAAACAGGACAGCAGCUUGGGUCAUAGAGCAGCUCAACUCUGAGACGGUAACCGGGACAUCGGACAGAAAGUUCUGCGAUUUUAAAGAGGACGACUCGGUUCAUGUUUACCACAGAUCGAGCAAUGCGGAUUACAGGGGCAGUGGGUUUGACAGGGGUCACCUGGCUGCAGCAGCCAAUCACAAGUGGAGUCAGAAAGCCAUGGAUGAAACCUUCUACCUGAGCAACGUGUCGCCACAGAAUCCUCAUUUAAACCAAAACGCAUGGAAUAACUUGGAGAAAUAUUGUCGCUCUCUCACCAAACAUUACCAGAAUGUCUUUGUGUGCACUGGACCACUCUACUUGCCCCGACAGGAACCUGAUGGGAAAAUGUAUGUGAAGUAUCAGGUUUUGGGAAAGAAUCAUGUAGCCGUGCCGACUCACUUCUUUAAGGUGGUGAUUCUGGAAAAGCCGAGAGGAGACGUGGAGCUGCGGUCCUAUGUGAUGCCCAAUAUGCCAGUUGAUGAGAAGAUCCCACUGGAACGCUUCCUGGUCCCCAUUGAGAGCAUCGAGAGAGCGUCCGGACUGCUGUUCGUACCGAACAUCAUGAAGAGGACCAGUGGUCUGAAAGCCAUCACUGCAGGCCCGUGAUGAGUUUACAGAGAUUACUGAGGGCAAGGGGGAAUGGAAAA